AUGAACGGCACGAACUUCAUCAAGCAGGGCAUCGAGGUCGUGUCCGAGGCCAUCCAGGCCGACAAGGACGAGGACUACGAGCGCGCCCUCCAGCUCUACAAGCGGGCGCUCGAGGUCUUCAUGACGGGCGUCAAGUACGAGAAGAACCCGGCGGCGCGCGCGACGAUCCUCCAGCGCGUCGACGGCUACAUGAAGCGCGCGGAGGAUCUGAAGGACGUGCUCGAGAAGCAGCGGCAGGCCAAGGCGAACCCGCAGGGCUCCGCGGGCACGGGCACGAAGGACAAGAACGACAAGGAGGGCGACGACGACGAGACGUCCAAGCUCAAGGGCCAGCUCGCGUCGGCCAUCGUGACGGAGAAGCCCAACGUCGCGUGGGCGGACGUCGCGGGCCUCGAGGGCGCCAAGGACGCGCUCAAGGAGGCCGUGAUCCUGCCGCGCAAGUUCCCCCAGCUCUUCGUGGGCAAGCGCCAGCCCUGGCGGGGCAUCCUGCUGUACGGCCCGCCGGGCACGGGCAAGUCCUUCCUCGCCAAGGCCGUGGCCACGGAGGCGGACGCGCAGUUCUUCGCGGUGUCGUCGAGCGACCUCGUGAGCAAGUGGCAGGGCGAGAGCGAGCGCCUCGUCAAGAAUUUGUUCGAGAUGGCGCGCCACGAGGAGCACGCCAUCAUCUUCAUCGACGAGAUCGACUCCAUGUGCGGCAGUCGGAGCGAGGGCGAGAGCGACGCGACGCGGCGCAUCAAGACGGAGUUCCUCGUGCAGAUGCAGGGCGUGUCGACGCGCAAGGACGGGCUGCUCGUGCUCGGCGCGACGAACACCCCCUGGGAGCUCGACCCGGCGAUCCGGCGCCGCUUCGAGAAGCGCAUCUACAUCCCGCUGCCCGAGGCCGCCGCGCGCGCGACGAUGCUCCGGCUCCACCUCGGCGACACGCCGCACACGCUCCUCCCCGGCGACUUCGACCACCUCGCGACGCAGUGCGACGGCUUCUCGGGGUCGGACCUGAGCGUCAUGGUCCGCGAGGCGCUCAUGGAGCCGCUCCGCACGUGCCAGUCCGCGAAGCAGUUCCAGCCCACCAUCGACCUCGCGGACUGCCUCAAGUGCGGCGCGAAGCGCAUGACGCUCUACGACGUGCCCAGCGAGCAGCUCAAGGUCCCCGACGUCUCCGUCGAGGACUUCGAGCACAUCGUCAACAAGUCCCGGAAGACCGUCGCCGAGGAGGAGCUCGACCAGUUCGUCGAGUGGACGCGCGAGUUCGGCCAGGAGGGCUAG